CAUUUAUCGAAUAGCAGCGGAAAUGUCGAAACACUCCGGCAGUCCAAAAUUCUGUUGCGUGGCGUUAACUGCCACUGAACUACUUUCGGCUUCUAUACAAAUGUAACCACAACGAUUUGGCACAGUAUUUUACUAAAUUAAAGUACAAAAUUAACAACAAUAAAGUGUUAAAAAUUAUCUGUAAAAAUGAUGCGACUGCCAGGAAUGCCCAUGCUUCCAGGAGCACAGUUCUAUGAUCGCAGCGAACGGCGACGUCCGCGGAAACAAACCUUGAUGCACUACCAGGGUAUCCAAAUGCUGUCCGACCGACGGGAGCCGGAACUGGUGGAACCAAAUGGCAUUGUGGUUGAUCCCAAAUGCCCACCAGUUCCGGCCCAAAUCAAUAGCUUGUGGGCCCCCAAGGCCACCGUCAAACUGCCACCCUGGCUGGCCUACGACAAGCAGGUGCUCUGUUUCAACGCCUACUUCAAGGAGAACCUCACCGAGAUCUACCACGCCCCUUACCAGGUGCGCAAGGUGAAGAUCUACUUCUAUUUGGAGGAUGGCACCAUGCAGGUUACAGAGCCGAAGGUGGAAAACUCGGGGAUUCCGCAGGGCUGCCUCGUACACCGCCAGAGGAUACCCAAGUCUCCGCCCACCGACCGCGAAUUCAUCUCCAUCUUCGACCUCAAUGUGGACACCAACGUGCAGAUCUUCGAUCGGGUUUACCACAUCAGUGGAUGCGAUGUCUUCACCCGGCAGUUCCUCAACCGUGCCGGAAUCUUUGUGCCAGAGCCGCUGGAAGAGCCAAGUGAUCCCACGACGGAGAUCCGGAAGCGGUCCGGCAUAAAGCAAACAGCCUCUGCCUGCAGCUCGGCUUUGCCCAAAAAGCAUGCUUUUGCCCAAUUCCUGCAGUUCGACAGGCGGGUGCUGAAGUUCCAGGGCUAUUGGAACGAUCGCAGCGAGUUCGGGGAUGUGAGGAAGCUGGAUAUAUGCUACUACCUGGCGGAUGACACCAUUGACAUAAAGGAGAAGUUCCCAAGGAAUUCGGGUCGUGAAGGACCCAGCACUUUUCUUCGGAGAGCGAAGCUUCCCAAGGAGUUCUCGGGACUAGCACUUCCUGGCCAACAGACGGCAGUAACGCUGCUCAAUGUCCUGGGCAGCAGUAUGAGGGAUGUGCGUUACGUAGCCGACCCGUUGAACACUGGCCAGAGACAGGAGCAAUACUACACCGAUCAGGAUUUGCAAAUAGGAGCUGUUUUGAAUGUCUUUGGUCGGGCGGUUGUGCUCACGGGCUGUGAUCAGUUCACCCAAAGUUACUACAGAGCCAAGUACGGCAUCGAGGAGUUCACGCCACAAGCAAUACCCGAACGCAGCGAUAUACGCCCUCACACCCAGGUUGGCAUGGCCUCCCGGCGUCUGCCGCCCUACAAUGGAUGGGGCAGUCAUGAGGACUCUGAGGGCAACUGCAUCACUGUCGAGCCAAAGCCACCGCAGGCCGAUUUCAAGAAACUCUUCAAAUACGAUGGCUGCAUCCUGCGAUUCGGAGCCAAGCUAAUCUCCCCGAUCCGGGAAAAUGACGAGCGAGACUUCGUCAUCAGCUACUUCCUGGCGGACGACACUUUGCAGGUUUACGAGGCUUCUCGUCGGAACUCCGGGUUCCUGGGCGGCGAGUUCCUCAAAAAGGCACGAGUUCCACUGCCCGGGCAGAAUAUGUUUGGCUCCGCGCGACCGGAAUACUUCAGAGCCAAUGACUUCUAUAUAGGCCGCACCAUGACCCUCAAGGAUCACAUAUUCCACAUUGUUUCGGCAGAUGAGUUUACGCUGCUCUACAUGGAACAACAUCCCAGCGAGUUUCCUGUGGCUGAUAUCCGAAGAAUUAUGGAAAAGAUUCGCAAUGCCGUUCGUCCGGAGUACAAGCAGUUCGUCCUUAGUUGCAAGCCAGACGGAGAUCUCGGCGACUACACCACCGUGGGCUUCGAUACGCUGCGCUCCACCCUCCUGUCGUAUCUGUCCAAGGAGAGCCUGCUCAACCACGAAAUAGUGACAGUGUGUCGCUACUUCUCGGCUGAGCAGGCUAUGCCCCCCAGUUGCGACCGGAAUCGGGUACGGGCGGCAGCCCAACUGGAAUUAAAACGCGCCCUCUGGAACAGUGCCGAGGAGCUGAACGAUCAUCUGAGUCACAUCAAUCCCGCCUGCCGGCCGUACAUCAGCGAGUCACAAGUCAGAUCCACGCUGAGAGGAUGCCGAUUGCCCUUCAGCCUGGAGCUAAUAGAGGACAUCCUGCAGGUGCUGCAGAGGAAUGCUCAGGGUGAGAUUGAGGUGCGCGACUUUCUGGCCUUCUUCAACAUGCGCCACGACCAAGUGCCCGAUAUUGCGCCCAUCAACAUCGCCUUUGAGCUCUGUCCCAAGCUGCCGUUCCUGCACAAGGGCCGCCUGGUGGACUUCACCUGGUUCCUGGACUACCUGGGCCUCGAGGCGGAACUAAAACGGGCCAACAUUUGAAGUACGAUGGGUGAUUAUCAAAAAUUGCAUGUAUAUACAGAAAAAUUCGUGGCAAUAUAACUUUUCGGAAUGGUGAA